CUCCCACCAUGUCUCACUUCUCCUCCUCGUUCCCCUCCUCCAGCUCACCCCGUCACCCUCUCACUGACCUGCCGCCCUCAUCGCCACAACACUCCUCUGACGACAACAUGGCCUUGCGCGAAGUCAUCACACUACUCAAGGGUGAGAUCCAGCACCUUCGGAAAGAGAAAGCCGACCUUCAGGCGCAAAAGGCGCCGAAGAAGAAUGAUCCCAGGAUCAAAGGCCUGCGCACCACUGGACGGCAGUUCUACCGGGUCGUGCACCUCUUCGAGAGCGCUCACGUUGCAGUUUCCGAGGGUUUGGACCACGAGGCGGCCAUGGCCAACAACGAAUGGCCUCCUGAAGAGCUUGAUGAUGACGCUAGUGAGGAGGAGAAGCUCAAGUACGACGACGAGAUACGAGAAGGUGAACGUGCCCACGACACAUACAAAGCUUUCCGCAAGCUCAUCCCAGAGCUCGACUCCGUUGUCCUGAGCGACAAUGUGAAGGAUCUGUAUGCAUCCAUAAUGUCCGGCGCAACAGACGGACGUUCCGAAGACCUGAAGAAGAUCACCGUUGCAGUCGCCGAGUAUGUCAACGAACGCCAAUACAAGAUGGACAUGGCUGCUGCCGUGGCUGUCACGGAUCUGGCGUCCAUGGAGUGUGGAUCUUCUAACAGGAUCCCGGAGCCGCUGACAGUGCCCAAGAUUCAGUAUGUUGAUCCAACCUCGAGACAGGGCCGUGGCUUUCAGAACGAUGUGUGCGGGUUUUGGUUAUGUCCAGUUGGGAUCAACUGGCUGGAUGAGAGCAUCAGGGCUAAGCUCCGUAACGGCGACAACAUCAUCAGCGACGGCGUCGAGCUCGACCUCAGUCAGGAGGUCGCCAUUCCUUUGUUCUAUAAGAAUGGAAAGUCGAACGAGCACGAUCUCGAGGAUGGCUUGUUCAUGACCAUGCUUCUUGUGAAGCUCUAUCAAAUCAUCUUCACUGCUCCGUCAUCGGUGGAAGACGAAGCUGCUGAUGACAACGAUGCCGAGCCGGACAACAGCGGCAACGGACCUCGCAAACGAUUGCGCAAGGCCAAGAACCAGACUGCAUCGAGUCGCGAAACCAAUGCUGAGAAGUCCAACCUGAAUGGGAAGGUGACUGGACGCUCAAUCGCAUACAUUGCAUGCCUGGCUUACUUUGGUCUCACGAACGCCGCUAACUGGCGUACCCCCCUUGGCAAUUCCGUCUCCCUUCCCUACAUGUACACCUGGGCUGUCGACUUCUUCGAGGGACCCAAACCCGGUUCACAAGCUCGUGCUCGUGCCGACAGGGUUCUUGAGUGGUGGAACAAGAAAGUCUUCCCGCGUCAUGUCUCGCGCAUCAUUGCCCACCCCAAUGGCCAGUCGUCGUCUCAGCGGAUGCGUGCUCAACGGGCCGCCAAAGAGAACGUCCGUGCCUAGUUACAUCCUGUAUCUCGUCUACCCGAAUGCCACCUUUUUCC